ACCGUUUUAAAAAGCUUUCCAUUACUUUUAACAAAGACCCUCUUUCUCUUUGUUUCCAUUCGUUCACUCUCUCUCCCUCCCUCUCUCAAGUUUUAGAUCGAUUUACUCUGUGUUUUGUAGUGUAUUUUUAAUUAAUCAGAUCGAGAAACCCCCCUUUAAUCACAGAUGACAGAAGGGGAGUAUUGUAUUAGUGUUCUUAAAGCUCUGAGAAUUCUUGAGCUUAGUUUUCAUUUGAUUUGUGGUUGUAUUCCCAUCGCUUUUGCAGUACAAUUUGUGGGUCUUCUUCAUUUGUCUUCAAAAACUGCUAUGUUGAGCUGUUACUAGUGCCCAUGUCCCCCAAUAGCUAAAUUGUCUGUUUCUCUCUGAUUUCUCUCAUUUUUGGGAGACGAUGAGUGAAGGGAAAAAGAGGAGAGAUCUGAUGAAAACUGCAGAAAUUUCCUUUGAAAUUGGGACUCUGAUGGGGUUUCGAUUACUGUUUCUGCUGUUUCAAAUUGGUUUUGCUGUUAGCUUUUUCUCUGUCUGUGAAGCUGCAGUUGUUCUCCCAGGCAGAUUGAGCGGAUCGCAUUCUGUACUCCGAGACCAUGCUGUCACUCCAACAUCUCAUGGCUUUGGCAGGAAACACCAUGGCAAUUUGUAUAGUGCUGCCCCUAGGAAACCAUUUAAAACUUCAUCUCCUCAGAUCCAUUCUCAUUAUAAAGCCUUUCAAUCAGAUGAUUCAAGUAGAGCUCCUAGCAUUGCACUUCCACCUACCACGCCUGCUAAGAAAUGGGGGCAUGAACAUACAUUCUCACCAUCGAUCUCUUUUCAUAAAUUCCGCCAUUCAAGAAGGAAGUUCAGAAACAAUGCUCCACAGCCUACUUAUCAUGCAUUGCCUCCGACUAGCAGCCGGCAAGGUCCUGCUGCUGUCUCUCCAAUUCAGUCACCAUUACCAUCUGCAGCAAGAGGAAGGUAUCCCGGACCUGCGCCAUCACCAACAAUUCGACCCAGCCAUUACUAUAUGCCCAUUCCUGCACCUACAACAUCUCCAAUGGGUUCUUACAAGAAGAAGAAGAGCAUGCCGCCAUCACAAGUUAUGAUGCUGCCACCUCCACCUCCUAAUGGGGAUUGUACAAUAUCAUGUACAGAGCCAUUGACGUAUACACCACCUGGAACGCCAUGUGGCUGUGUGUGGCCGAUUCAAGUUCAAAUCACUCUUGAUGUUGCAGUAUACGUAUUCUUCCCUUUGGUUUCAAAACUUGCAGAGGAAAUUGCUGACAGUAUCAGUCUGAACCAAAGCCAAGUUCGAAUUAUGGGUGCAGAUGCUGCUAGUCAGCAAUUAGAAAAAACAACUGUCAUUAUCAACUUGGUUCCAAGAGGAUCGAGAUUCAAUCAUAACACAGCUUUUUCUAUAUACCAGAAAUUUUGGGGGAGAAAGAUAUCUAUCAACUCUUCUUUGUUUGGUAGAUAUCAAGUACUAAAUGUCAAAUAUCCAGGUCUUCCACCUUCUCCUCCGCUAGCACCUUCAAGUACUUCAUCCAUUAAUGAUGGUUUGAACACUAGCAAUACUAAUGCUGGAACUGCAAUUAAACCAUUGGGAGUUGACGUGCCAAGACGGAAAAAAGAAGGGCUUGGCAGUAACAUGAUCGCUGUGAUUACUAUUUCUUCAUUCACUGCCCUUGUCAUGUGUGUUGGGCUUGCUUGGCUUUGCCUGUUGAGGUACAGAGUGUCUGCACAUCCACCAGCUCAAAUUCCACAAAACAUGAUAGCCUCACCGACAAAACCAUCAGGCACUGCUGGAUUGAUAAUGGUUGGAAGUGAACCUGGUUCUUCAUCCAUGCCUCUCGAUGCCGAUCCUAUGACAUAUAUUGGUGCUGCAAAGAACUUCACCUUGAAAGAUAUGGAGAAAUCCACAGACAACUUCGACACUGCAAGAAUAUUAGGAGAAGGUGGCUUUGGAAUUGUAUACAGUGGGAGUUUAGAAGAUGGAAGGGAUGUAGCUGUGAAGGUUCUUAAAAGACAUAAUCAACAUGGUAUUCGGGAAUUCUUGGCGGAAGUCGAGAUGCUGAGCCGUCUACACCAUAGAAAUCUAGUUAAGUUAAUCGGUAUCUGUACAGAGGAUCAGAUUCGCUGCCUGGUCUACGAAUUGGUCCCUAAUGGAAGUGUCGAAUCACACUUACAUGGCAUUGACAAGUUAACCAGUCCACUUGAUUGGGAUGCCCGAAUGAAGAUUGCCCUCGGUGCUGCUCGAGGCCUAGCCUAUCUGCACGAAGACUCCAAUCCUCGAGUCAUUCAUAGAGACUUCAAAGCUAGCAACAUCUUGUUGGAAUAUGACUUUACUCCUAAAGUUUCAGAUUUUGGAUUAGCUAGAACUGCACUGGAGGAAGGAAACAAGCACAUCUCAACACAUGUCAUGGGAACUUUUGGUUAUCUAGCUCCAGAGUAUGCAAUGACUGGCCACCUUCUUGUAAAGAGUGAUGUAUAUAGCUAUGGCGUUGUCCUUCUUGAGUUACUUACAGGAAGAAAGCCAGUAGACUUAUCGCUUCCACCUGGACAAGAAAAUCUCGUUGCUUGGGCUCGUCCACUUCUCACGAGCAAGGAGGGAUUGGAUGCAAUCACAGAUCCAGCUAUUAAGUCUGAUAUCUCCAUUGAUAGCUUGGCCAGAGUAGCAGCAAUUGCUUCUAUGUGUGUGCAACCGGAAGUAUCUCACAGACCAUUUAUGGGCGAGGUUGUCCAAGCCCUGAAACUCGUUUGCAACGAGUUCGAAGAAACUAACGAUCCAGUUUCACGAAGUUACAGCCGAGACGAACUUCUGAGUUACAUGGAUAGUAAAUUUGGAGGAAUAUCUGGUGAAAUACUAAACGCUCCGGAGACCUCACACACCUUCCUUUCAGGAAAGGAGACAAAUGUAGGAUUAUCAGCAUCGGAUUUGAUCAGCGCAUCUGCAAGAUUUGAAGGACAGGAACUGGUUUCUUCUAGAUGGCAUUCAUCAAACUCGGAACCAUUGAGAACUGGAAGAAAAAAGCACUUAUGGCAGAAGCUAAGAAGUUUGUCAAGAGGCAGCUUCAGUGAACAUGGCUUUUCUGCAAAGCUUUGGCCUGGAUUCCAUUAGUUUAUGUUUGUCCAUAUCUUGCAUUGCAACAUCUUGAAGUUCAAAGCAAUUGCAUUUCUGAGGCCCUUAGUUAUUGUGGCCAUCUGUUUAGAUCA